CAUGUGUAUCAUGUGUUAAGGUACAAUCUUGCAGGGACUAGCUCACAUGAAAUAGAGGGGUUCCAUUCGUCAGUGGCUUGGAGGUAGAAGAUAAAUUUGCUGAAGAUGAGGCCUCCUUUGUUGGGGCGGCUAACUAAACUGUUGCGUCAUGAACAGUACCUGAAUCGACAUGUAUCCCUCACUUAUCAUCGUUAUCUAAGUCAGUAUAAAAGGACCGCUACGGGCUGUGCAAAAAUAUUACCCACUUUAUCGUACUCCAGGCUAUAUUGCACGGCAAUCAAAGCUCCAAAACUAGAGGAUGCCAAACCACAUUGUAAUGUUGGUACCAUAGGCCAUGUGGAUCAUGGCAAGACGACCCUUACUGCUGCCAUAACAAGAGUUCUAUCGAAGAAAGGUUUAUCGGACUAUGUAUCAUACGACCAAAUCGACAGAGCUCCAGAAGAAAAGGCCAGAGGCAUCACCAUUAAUGCGUGUCACAUCGGCUAUGAGACGCCGCUACGAACCUAUGCCCACACCGAUUGUCCAGGGCAUGCAGAUUACAUAAAGAACAUGAUAUCUGGGGCAUCACAAAUGGAUGGUGCUAUUCUGGUUGUUGCGGCAACCGAUGGUCAGAUGCCACAGACCAGGGAACAUUUGUUGUUGGCAAAACAAGUUGGCAUUCAGCGAAUUAUUGUUUUCAUCAAUAAGGCUGAUUUGGUCGAUCAAGAAGUUUUGGAAUUGGUGGAAAUCGAAAUGCGAGAAAUGUUGACGGAUUUCGGAUUCGACGGUCUAAACACACCGGUUGUAUGUGGUUCAGCAUUGCUAGCUUUGCGCGAUGACCCUUCACCAUUUGGAGUUCCAGCAAUAGAGAAACUACUCAAUCACAUUGAUGCAUAUGUUCAAACGCCUAAAAGAGAUAUAGAAUCGCCCUUCCAAAUACCCAUUGACAAUGCCUUCACAGUGCCUGGACGGGGAACUGUCGUUGUAGGCACUAUUAAACGGGGUACUGUCCACAAAAAUGCCGAGUGUGAUCUUCUGGGUUUCAAUCAAAAUAUCAAAACCUCAGUUGGAGACAUUCAAAUAUUCAGAAAGAGCGUUCCCAAAGCUGUUGCGGGAGAAAAUGUGGGCGUGUUGUUGCGAGGCGUCAAAAUCUCCAGCGUAGAACGUGGCAUGCUGCUUGCCCAGCAAGGAUCCGAAGAUAUUUCCAACCAUUUUCUUGCAUCCAUGUACUUGUUGUCGCGCAGUGAAGGUGGCCGCACCAAACCAAUGCUGUCAAAAUAUAUUCAACAACUGUUUAGUGUCACAUGGAAUGUUCCCGCCCGCAUCGACAUGAUUCCCCCCGAUGGCAUGUUAAUGCCUGGUGACCACGCCAAUGUAAGAAUAAUGUUAUUGCGUAAAAUGGUAAUGACACCAGGACAGGCAUUUACGAUACGAGAAAAUGGAGCCACUGUUGCCACUGGCAUGAUUCUGGAGCGUAAAGCCUCCGUUGACGUACCGAAAAAUAAGCUAUCCAAGGCUAUGGUUAAUGAGGAAUGAGUCGAAAAAUAAACCCAAACUUGAUUUACACUAUGAACAA